GUUAGCUAGCAGAUGAACCCGAGAAAUGGAGAUAUGACAGAGUAAUAACGACUUAUUACAUGUGCACGAUUCAGUUAUUACAAACGUAAAGUGCCUGAUGACAUUUCUUUCAAAAAAUAAAUUACUAACAUCUGUCUGGGUUUGAGAUGGAGGACGGAAACAGGAGUGAUGCUGCCUCCACAUCUAAGAGCCACGCAGCCUCACUCCACCUGCAGACUCCAAAAAAUGAGGAUGCCUAUGAAAUUGCAAUACCCUAUGAGGAGAGCAACUUUGAGCAGCAAGGAUUUUUCAACCAGAGUGAUCAGAAUUUUGAUGAUUCCCCCCCAUCAGGUGGCCCAUCUCCAGUCAGCAACUCAUACAUGGUGAUCACCAACCUGAGGACCCAGCUGCAGAUCUCUCUAGAGAAAAACUCUUGGCUUCAGAAAAGGAUUGAAGACCUGGAAGAGGAGAGGGAUUUCCUCCGGUGCCAGCUGGACCGCUUCAUCUUUUCCACAAAAAGCCAGGGGCAGGAGCAGAGCCAGAGCCAGUACAAUAAUGGUUAUGAGUCCAGACGAUUUAACUGGAGGCCAAGAAGAGAGGAAGAUCGUCCUGCUGAGCAGCAGAAGUCAGACACACCACAUUUUCCUCCACGUCAGUUUAUCCAGCGAAGGCCAGGUCCUCCAACAAUGGUGCCAUCCAAAAACCACGUCUCCAGUUCUUUAUCCAAUCAGCUUGCCUCUAUGAAUGCAUUGUUCAGCUCUACACAAUCACAGGCCCUCUUGCAAAGCCAUAGUCAUAGUACGACAGCAACAACAGCCACUGGCAACAGUGGCAACAGUGCUACAAGGUCAGCCAUGAAUGAAAUGAGUGGACAUGGCAACUUAGGUCCAGAGUCUCUUUCACUCCUUGGAGAAUCUGAUGAGUACUUGGAGCAAGAAGGCUUCCUUGAGGAGGAGGAGAUGAUAUCAGGGGAAGAUGGUCUGCCAGAAAACAUUAACAACCACAGACACCAGUUAAAGAGAAGACGAGUCUUCCGAGCUCCUAGAGAGCGGCAGAGAGUGAAGGAUGCAGCUGGAGUGCUGUUUCGCUACAAGAAAAUCCUGCUUACUUACCAGCGUCUGAAAAAUAUGUCCAAAGCCUUUCAAAUCCAUGGUGUAGACCGCAACACGGUGGCUUCCACUACACCCAUUGCUGAACUGCUACUAGUGGCCCCAGAAAAGGUGGCAGAGGUGGGUGAGUUUGACCCAUCCAAGGAAAAGCUACUGGACUAUGCCCGGCGCUGCUACACUGCAUUGGAUGAAGAGACACUCAGCAGGGUGCAGGCCCUGAAGAAGAAUAACCUGCUUUUGCCCAUCUCCUACAGGUUCAGACACUGAAGAGAGAAAGACAGAGGGAUGAGUAGUGUCUCGCUAAAAAAGCAGUGUUGCUGGUUUACAGAGGAGAGGAAAUGCAGUCAGGUUCUGCUGCAGCAGGCCAGCUCUCCCCGAAGGCACAGAUGUGCAGGGGGAUGAAGUAUUAUUUCCUUCACACAGCAUUCCUGGAUCUCCAGCUGAGAUCUUCCUUUUCAGAUAAAUGAACUUUUCACAUCUCACUUAAUUAUCAAUAUCGUCACAUGCGUCACACUUCUUUGACAAAUACUCACCAUUUUUGUAGUUAUAUUGCAGCUGAAAAUUGAGAAGGAGAAUGUGUUUUUACUAUUUAGGUUUAUACAGUUUUUUCCACCGUACAUAAAUGAGUGUCAGCAAAGAAUCUCAUAUGUGUUUUAGAGUUUAGGUUUACGGAGACAUACUGUAUGUUCCUGUAUGUCAGAGUCAGUUUGAGGCCGAGGAUUCAUUAACUGAUUGUCUACAUCAUUUCCGGGCCUGUCAAUCUAACUUAUUUAUAUGCAUUGCAAAUUAAUUGUAUUAUUUUAGUGUCCUAUAAGUGCGCCAAUUACAACCUGGGUAUGAUAGCGUGAUUUUGCCAUACUUUUCAGAAAUUGUCAGCAAUUCUUCAUAUAACUUGUUGUGUCAUCUUCAAUUAUUUGUCACAUUGUAAUUAUGUUAUCAAUCGUAAUGCAGUUUUUGUAAUUCCCUGCAUUAGAAAAUGUGAAUUGUGUUGAGUGUAAUUGCUUUUCCAUCUCUGUCGAAAUAAUUAAAACUCAUGAAGAGAAAGAAAUGAAUGAGAUCAUUAACUGACUGGAGUUAAGACUGGUUCAACAUUGUGUGGUGGAAUAAGAGCCAUGCAAAUUUGAUAAAAAAUCAAAAACAGACACUGUUGGUUUUUACUACUGCAUCACUGUGUUGUCUGCAUUACUUACACUAGACAUUUUAUCAGCACCGUUUGUAAUUUUCUGCACUAAAAAUAAAUGUAACUUCCUACUCUUCUGAUACUCAAGCUCUUGAAAAAAUACUUUGUGAUAGUAAAACCCUUUGUAAAAUAAGGUACAGAACAUUUACACUGUUGGUAAGACAAUUUGUAACAUUGUGAAACUUUUUGUUCUUUGUGAAAAAUUGUUGAAACCAUACAAGCUAUUGUACAUUUUAGAGUUCUGUGACAGCAGCUGGCUUGUACACACUGCAGAGUUAAUGUUGCUUCCCAGUGUUCUGCUGCAAAUGCAUGACAAAUUUUUCAAUGCAGCCGACAAGUUGAUAAUGUUGUAUGAUAAUGUGUGGUGUUUAUGCCAGUACAAUGAGAUGAUGAGAUUACGUUAAACAUAACAAAUUGGGUUACUGUGUAAUACAGUGAACGAAAAGACAAUUUUCCCAAACAUUAAUACAGAUGAGAACUCCAGUUUGUGUGUGUAAGGUUAACUGCUAAGCAGACUAUAAAUCAUGCCAGACUGCAGUGUUUUAAAAAACAAUGGCUAAUUUUUAUGUCUCGUAUUUAUGUAUAUUAAGUGAAAUGUGUAUCUCGCACAAUGGCAGUUAAUCACAAAAUGUAUACCGACACUCGAUGCAUUUGAUUUCUCACGAAAGAAAGAAAUGCAUAUAUUUAUUAAACUGUAAAAACCCAACAUCACUAGUCACUGAAAACAAGUGCUUAAGAGUCACAGGCUGUGCUGUUAUGACAAAAAUGUAAUUAAAACUUUUUAUUUCCUAAAAA